AAAGUGAUAUAACCACAGGGGCUAAAAACGUAAUUUACUCAUUAUAUUUCUUACAAUCUAGUGUCACCAACAAAAGGAAAUUUUGAUCAAGUCAUAUAAGCAAUGGGUGAGAAAAAAAGGCCCUCAAAAUCCUCCUGCCCACAACUAAACAAAAUUUGUUAGAAGGUUUUCAUAUGAACAAAAAACAAACAAAAACCCCCAUAAGCAAAUUCUUUCAAAAUUAAGAAGAAAGUUAUAUAAAAUUGCUUCCAACUUUUGUUUUUUUCUAAAAGAUUUUGACAUCUUGUGGACUCUGCCUUGGAUAUAACCCAAGGCAGAGAUCAAACGAAGAUACGUUGAUUUUAGAUUCACAACGUUAAAUCAUGGCGUUUCAAGAUUUCGACCAAAUUUCAGAACGUCGAAGGCUUGAAAGAAAACAAAGGUUGAAACAGAAAAUCAUCAUCGGUGUCGUCGUAGCCAUUUUGCUUCUUUCAGGAGCUGUUGCGGCGUUUUUAAUAUUCCUCAACAGCUCCCAGACAGACGACCCUAAUGAUGGUGCGGAUAACGUGGAACCCACCUCCGGCAACGAUAAAAAUAAAGACAACUCAUCCGGUGCAUCUAAAGACAAAGGAAUCGACGGCCAAAAGGUUUUGCAAACUCAAAAGGCCGUUAAAACGAUAUGCCAAACAACCGAUUACAAAGAAACAUGCGAAAGCCGCCUCGAGAAAUCGUUAAGUUCCAAACUAUCGGGACUACCCGGUCCCGAUGAUUUUGUGAAGGCGGCUGUAUCCGCAGCAUCCGAUGAACUCAACAAUGCCAUUACACAAACAUCCAAAUUAAUGAAAGUUGAGACCGCACCCGAGAAACAAAAAGCUACAUUCGACGUGUGCAAGCAAGUUCUCGAGGGUGCGCAAAGCGACUUCAAUCACUCACAAAACGCAGCCGGAUCUCCGGAUUUAGGCACCUGGUUGAGCGCGGUGAUCACUUAUCAGCAAACGUGCAUUGAUGCGGUUACGGAAGAUGCUACUAAGACUAGCAUUGAACAGGCUUUAAAAACCACCAAAGAACUCACAAGCAACUCUUUAGCCAUAUUUUCAUCGGUUCAGAAAGUCGCACCACCACCCGCAGCCGCUUCCCACCGUCGUCUUCUAACAGACCGGCCCGACCUCCCGUCAUGGAUGACUUUAGAAACGCGAAGGCUACUAAAAGCCGAUGCUCCAAGUCUGGCUCCGAAUGUAACCGUUGCUAAAGAUGGUUCAGGCGAUUUCGCGACCAUUUCUAAAGCACUCGAGGCGUUACCUGACAGUUAUCAAGGGCGGUAUGUGAUAUACGUUAAAAAGGGAGUGUACGAAGAGAAUGUCGUCGUUACUAAAGAUAUGGUUAACAUCACAAUGUACGGUGAAGGGUCGCAGAAAACAAUUGUUACCGGAAACAAAAACUUUGCAGACGGAGUUCCGACGUUUCUAACAGCGACAUUCGCGGCUGUAGGGGAAGGAUUCAUGGCUCAGUCAAUGGGUUUCAGAAACACAGCAGGACCCGAAAAGCAUCAAGCCGUUGCGCUGAGAGUGCAAUCCGACCGUUCGAUAUUCCUAAACUGUCGUAUAGAGGGAUACGAAGAAACAUUAUACGUACAAACACACCGCCAGUUUUACCGCGGGUGCGACAUUAUGGGGACGGUCGAUUUCAUAUUCGGAGAUGCUGCUGCCGUGUUCCAAACGUGUGAAGUUAUUGUAAGGAAGCCGAUGGAUAAUCAACAGAACACGAUAACCGCUCAGAGUAGAGUCGACAAACACGAAACGACAGGGAUCGUGUUACAGAAAUGUAAGAUAACCGCAGACGACACUCUAAAGCCGGUAAAGAAGAAGAUCGAGAGUUACCUUGGGCGGCCGGGAAAAGAAUACUCUAGAACAAUCGUGAUGGAAUCGGAGAUUAGUGACUUUAUUCAUCCGGCGGGUUGGUUGGAAGGGGAAGGUGGUGUUGGGGUUGAAACGGUAUAUUACGCGGAGUAUGACAAUAUUGGUGGUGGUUCUAAAGUGAAAGAGAGGGUGAAAUGGGGUGGUUAUCAGAAGGAGUUUAAGAAGGAAGAGGCGGAAAAGUACACGGUGGCGCGGUUUAUACAAGGUGAAAGUUGGUUGAAAAGUACGGGUGUACCGGUUCGUCUAGGGACUUACAGCUAGUUAAGGUAAGGAAGAUGAUGUAUAUAUGUAUGUGUAUACAUGUAGAGGUUAUGAACCAUGUUUCAUAGUAGUUGAUAGACAUGUUUGUUUUUGUUGUU